AUGGAUUCUACGUCAUCUUUAGUUGGAUUAGGAAUCGAUUUGGGUUCGACAUAUUCCUGCGUUGGAAUUUGGAAAAACGGUCGAAUUGAAAUUAUAAUUAAUGACCAGGGUCAUCGUACGACGCCUUCGUAUGUCGCUUUCACCGAAACAAAACGUCUUAUCAGUGAUGCUGCAAAAAAUCAAGUUAAUAUGAACCCUUAUAAUACUGUAUUUAAUGUUAAACGUCUCAUUGGACGUAAUUUUAGCGAUGAAGUUAUUCAAUCCGAUAAGCAUUGGCUAUUUAAAAUCAUCGAAAAGAACGGAAAGCCAUAUAUCCAAGUCAGAUUCAAAGUCGAAAAGAAAGAUUUCACACCCGAAGAAAUUUCUUCUAUGAUCUUGGUAAAAUUAAAGGAAAUUGCAGAAGCUUACCUUGGUACAAAAGUUAAUAAUGCCGUAAUUACUUCACCAGCUUACUUUAAUGACUCUCAACGUCAAGCAAUAAAAGAUGCCGGUGAAAUCGCUGCAACCGCGGCGGCCAUUGCUUACGGUUUAAAUACAAAAGCUUGUGGUGAACGAAACGUUCUUAUCUAUGAUUUAGGUGUUGGUUCUUUUGAUGUUUCACUCCUAAAUAUAGAAAAAGGAAUUUUUGAUGUAAAAGCCGUUGCUGGUGACACACAUCUUGGCGGUGAAGAUUUCGACAAUCGACUUGUAAAUCAUUUCGUACAAGAAUUCAACCGAAAAUUUAAGGAAGAUCUUACGACGAAUGCAAGUGCUUUCCGUCGAUUAAGGACAGCUUGUGAACAACCAAACAAAUCUGUUAAUCCUGAUGAAGCCAUGGCCUAUGGUGCCGCCAUUCAGGCUGCUAUUUUAUCUGGUGAAACUUCUGAAAAGACCCAAGAUUUACUUUUACUCGAUGUCGCCGCUUUAUCUCUGGGUAUUGAAACUACCGGCGGUGUCAUGACACCGUUUAUUAAACGUAAUACUACAGUACCUACUAAGAAAUCCGAAAUUAUUUCAACAGAUUUUGAAAAUCAAUCGGAAAUGAUUAUUCGAAUUUAUGAAGGCGAACGUGCCCUACCAAAAGGUGUUGCACAAAUCGAAGUCACAUUGGAUAUUGAUGGAAAUGGUAUCUUAAAAGUAUUUGCUGUUGAUAAAACAACUAGACGAUCGAAUAAGAUAUCCAUCACGAAUGACAAAGGUAGAUUGUCAAAGGAAGAAAUCGAACUUGCCGAAGCUGAGAAAUAUCGUGAAGACGAUGAGAAAAUUGCACAAAAUAUACAGGCACGAAAUCGUUUGGAAAGUUAUGCAUAUAACUUACGUAAUAUUCUUCACAGCGAACAAGUUGCUGCUAAUAUUGAUCUAGCAAGCAAGAUGAAAAUUGAAGAUGCAAUUUAA